AUGAGUCUCUCCCGAGUACCUGAUGAAAUCGUUCUGCUCAUCAUAGAGAAUCUGGAUCCAGAUGAUUUGCUUCAACUGGCUUCAACUAGCCGCCAUUUCAGGCAUAUUAUCCAUGAUAAGAUCAUCUCCCGAAAGGCGCUGGAGAAUAUUCCGUUUUCUUUGGACUAUAAACAAGGCCAAAAGACGGGGGAUUACGGCCAAGCACUGAGAAGACGUGCCAAGCGACGCAGCGCUCUUCGUAAGGCAAACCCAUUUCAUAUUUUGGAAGUUUCCAGAGAAGCUGUUCAUUUCACAUACACCAAUGGCGCUCUAUGCUAUACUACGAAGCAAGCCUCGCCUGCUCACGAGCAUCGACUGCGGAUUUUGCUUCUUGAAGGCUCUCCUGUCCAAGAACUAAACAUCAGCAUUCUUCAGCUAAUAUGCGAAUCUGAAAUUCCUGAUUUCGAUGAAAGCCGACCCUAUCAAUUCAAACCACUGUAUCACGCAGAAGGCAUCGUUUCAUGCUUAUUUGAACAAAGAAAAUCUCAUUCUCGCGGCCGCUGGUUGAUAAUAUAUAGCAUUGAGAAGGGAAAGAUUCUUCAAUCUAAGCCGCUGCGCUCAACUGCGAAUAUUUUUGUCCGCAAUAAUAAUCGUUUUCUUUACUACGGUACAAAAUCGGAGCCAUUUGACGGCCAGCGACGAUGGGUGCUUCAUGGAUUCUCACUGGAAAGCCUUGAAUGGCUACCUCGGAGAAUUAUACUCUGGGACUUGGCUGGUUCUGAUAUCGGGUUAACAGUAUGCUUUGAGAUUUUUAACGACCAUCUAUAUGGCGUUUCUAGUCAAGAGCUGACGGAAUUGGAGGAUACCGAAUGGACCGCAUCGGGGCACCCUCUGAAUUCGUUUUAUUACGCCUUUCGGUUCCGUUUGGGAGAUCAUUCUACAAUUGACAUCUUGCCACGAUCUGCACUCUGGCGAAGAGGUGCAACUGACGGACCAAUCGACGAUCGCUGGAAUCAUCUUCAGCUUGGGCAGGACGAAAGGUCUGGCCAAGUAUCCAUUUACGAAACUCGAAAGGAAUGGCUCUGUUCGUGGAGCCAGCGCAGCUGUUAUGGUAAACAACUCAUUUUCCCCUCCCAAUCUCACUUUGGAGGCUCAAAUGCCGAUGAACGGUGUUACGAAGGUUGGGACGAUGCGAUCCAACAUGCAACAAGCCCAGAGGGCACAGUACAUAGAGGCGACAAUGGCUUCUCCUCUUUGACUUUUGAUCUCAGCAAUUCUCCUGUUCGUUCUUACAACCCUAGCUGCCAAGCCUUCGUGGACAUUGUCAGUACUACCACAUCCUCGAGCCCAGCUACCAAACGCCUUCGACUACGGGUAAGGAGACAAUUGGACCCAACUUCGAAAUCGGACCGUUAUUCACCCCUUUGGCCAGCGGAUCAGGGGGACAAGCUACCCGAUGGACCCCCAGACACUCCUCUCGACCGCUACAUUGACGGACUCCUGAACCCCCAGGCGUAUUUCGAUGAGGUCGAUUGGGCAAUGGAUGAGAGGGUAUUGGUCUAUUCUCCCAAAACUCUUCAUCAACCUGACGCGCCACGAUCAAUCAUCCUGAUUUCUUUUGAUCCCGCCCUACAUUUUGAAGGACUGGGUUGCUGGGACGAAAACUUGAUGUCACCGCGUUUGGUCGGUAACCGCUCUGGCAAAUCGGAUAUUCACUCGGAAUGUACAACAAAUACCGCUAUGAUGAAUCUAGCAUCUACGACAUACGGAACUCCAAAGAUCCGAGGCCUAGAUUUGUCGCGUAUUAUCAGAUCCCAGGACUCUACCCGAAAGAGGAAGAGAAGGUCCUCCACCACCUCACCGAACGAUUACCGGCCAGCUGGGAUCAAGUCUUACACCGAACCAAAUACGACCCCAACCCCCUUCAGAUGA